AUGCACGGGGACCCAGUCCCGGGACGGCGGCUGCUGCUGCUGCUGCUGCUUGCGCUAUGUCUGGGGGCAUCAGUGCAAGGCGCAAAGGCGACGAAAAAACGGAGGCAAACUCAGCAAAUGAUUCAGCCUCCUUCCCCGGUGGCUGUCAGCCAAAGCAAAACUGGCUGUUAUGAUAAUGGAAAACACUAUCAGAUCAACCAACAAUGGGAGAGAACUUACCUGGGCAAUGCACUGGUUUGUACCUGCUAUGGAGGCAGCAGAGGUUUCAACUGUGAGAGCAAACCUGAAGCUGAAGAAACAUGCUUCGACAAAUAUACUGGAAAUACCUACAGGGUUGGGGACACUUACGAGCGCCCAAAGGACUCAAUGAUUUGGGAUUGUACCUGCAUUGGGGCUGGCCGAGGGAGAAUCAGCUGUACCAUUGCAAAUCGCUGUCAUGAAGGGGGUCAGUCCUACAAGAUAGGUGACACUUGGCGCCGACCACAUGAGACAGGAGGCUACAUGCUUGAGUGUGUUUGUCUUGGUAAUGGAAAAGGAGAAUGGACCUGCAAACCUGUAGCUGAGAGAUGCUAUGACAACACUGCUGGGACUUCCUAUGUUGUUGGAGAGACUUGGGAGAAACCCUAUCAAGGGUGGAUGAUGGUGGAUUGUACCUGUUUAGGAGAAGGCAGUGGACGCAUCACAUGUACCUCCAGAAAUAGAUGUAAUGAUCAAGACACCAAGACAUCUUACCGAAUUGGAGAUACCUGGAGCAAGAAAGACAAUCGAGGAAAUUUGCUUCAGUGUAUCUGCACUGGUAAUGGAAGGGGAGAAUGGAAAUGUGAAAGACAUUCAUCUUUGCAAACAACUGCUACAGGACCCGGCACCUUCACAGAUGUCCAAACAGCACUCUACCAGCCCCAGCCUCAGCCCCAGCCUGCCCCAUAUGGUCACUGUGUCACUGAUAGUGGUGUGGUUUACUCUCUGGGAAUGCAGUGGCUCAAGACCCAAGGAAACAAGCAAAUGUUGUGCACAUGUCUGGGCAAUGGUGUCAGCUGCCAGGAGACAGCUGUAACUCAAACCUAUGGCGGCAAUUCCAAUGGAGAACCAUGUGUCCUACCAUUCACCUACAAUGGCAGGACUUACUAUUCUUGUACAACUGAGGGUCGUCAGGAUGGACAUCUCUGGUGUAGCACUACUUCAAAUUACGAACAAGACCAGAAAUAUUCUUUCUGUACAGACCAUACUGUUUUGGUCCAGACUCGAGGUGGCAACUCCAAUGGUGCCUUGUGUCACUUCCCAUUCUUGUACAACAACCGUAAUUACACUGACUGUACCUCAGAGGGACGACGAGACAAUAUGAAAUGGUGUGGAACCACCCUCAACUAUGAUGCUGAUCAGAAGUUUGGAUUCUGUCCUAUGGCUGCCCAUGAAGAGAUCUGCACUACCAAUGAAGGGGUCAUGUAUCGCAUUGGAGAUCAGUGGGACAAACAGCAUGACAUGGGCCACAUGAUGAGAUGCACAUGUGUAGGAAAUGGUCGUGGGGAAUGGACCUGUGUGGCGUACUCACAGCUCAGAGAUCAAUGCAUUGUCGAUGGUAUCACCUAUAAUGUGAAUGACACAUUCCACAAGCGUCAUGAAGAAGGUCACAUGCUGAACUGCACCUGCUUUGGCCAGGGCCGUGGAAGAUGGAAGUGUGAUCCUAUUGACCAAUGCCAGGAUUCAGAAACCCGAACAUUCUACCAGAUUGGAGAUUCAUGGGAGAAAUAUGUUCAUGCUGUUAGAUAUCAGUGCUAUUGUUAUGGUCGGGGCAUUGGAGAGUGGCACUGCCAACCUUUGCAGACCUAUCCAGGUACAACUGGUCCAGUCCAAGUAAUCAUCACUGAAAGUCCCAACCAGCCCAACUCUCAUCCUAUCCAGUGGAAUGCACCUGAGCCAUCUCACAUUUCCAAAUACAUUCUCAGAUGGAAACCGAAAAAUUCUCCAGGUCGUUGGAAAGAGGCUACUAUUCCUGGUCACUUAAAUUCUUACACAAUCAAAGGACUCCGGCCUGGUGUGAUUUACGAGGGACAGCUUAUCAGUGUGCAACACUAUGGACACAAGGAAGUCACUCGAUUUGACUUCACUACUACCAGCACCGGCCCUCCUGUGUCUACCAACAUGGUCUCGGGAGAGACAACACCACCUCCUCCUGUUGUUACUACUUCGGAAUCUGUUACGGAAAUUACAGCCAGUAGCUUCGUGGUCUCGUGGGUCUCCGCCUCUGAUACCGUCUCAGGAUUCCGUGUGGAGUAUGAGCUGAGCGAGGAGGGUGAUGAGCCACAGUAUCUUGAUCUUCCAAGCACUGCCACUUCUGUUAACAUCCCUGACUUGCUUCCUGGACGCAAAUACAUCGUAAAUGUCUAUCAGAUCUCUGAAGAAGGAGAACAAAAUCUGAUCCUGUCUACCUCCCAGACAACAGCACCCGAUGCUCCUCCUGACCAUACGGUGGACAGAGUAGAUGACACCUCGAUUGUUAUUCGCUGGAGCAGACCACAAGCCCCCAUCACAGGUUACAGAAUCGUCUAUUCUCCAUCAGUGGAAGGAAGCAGCACAGAGCUCAAUCUCCCUGAAACUGCUAAUUCAGUAACUCUCAGUGACCUGCAACCUGGGGUACAAUAUAACAUCACUAUUUAUGCUGUGGAAGAAAAUCAAGAGAGUACCCCAGUAUUUAUUCAACAAGAAACCACUGGAGUCCACCGCCAAGACAAAGUUCCUCCCCCUACGGACCUGCAAUUUGUGGAAGUGACAGAUGUCAAAGUCACCAUUAUGUGGCGCCCCCCUGAAAGUGCAGUGACUGGCUACCGGGUGGACGUGGUCCCUGUCAAUCUUCCUGGGGAGCAUGGACAGAGGCUGCCAGUCAGCAGGAAUACCUUUGCUGAGAUCACUGGGCUCUCACCUGGGGUCACCUACUACUUCAAGGUUUUUGCAGUGAAUCACGGAAAGGAAAGCAAGCCAUUGACAGCAGAACAGACCACCAAAUUGGAUGUCCCUACUAACUUGAGGUUUGUCAAUGAGACUGACACCACCGUCUUGGUUACCUGGACUCCACCUCAUGCCAGGAUAGCAGGUUAUCGACUGACUGUGAACCCUACUAGGGGAUAUCAACCUAAGCAGUAUAAUGUGGGACCAUCUGCCACCCAGUACCCAUUGAGGAAUCUGCAGCCAGGAUCUGAGUACACUGUUUCCUUGGUGGCUGUCAAAGGCAAUCAACAAAGUCCCAAGCAAACUGGAGUCUUCACUACUUUGCAGCCUGCGAGUUCCAUUCCUCACUACAACACAGAGGUGACUGAAACAACGAUUAUUAUCACCUGGAUCCCUGCUCCAAGAAUCGGUUUUAAGUUGGGCGUACGACCAAGUCAAGGUGGAGAAGCUCCCCGUGAGGUGACAUCAGAGUCUGGAAGUAUCGUUGUAUCUGGCCUGACUCCAGGAGUGGAAUAUGUAUAUACUAUUUCAGUCCUACGAGAUGGUCAAGAGAGAGACACUCCAAUUGUAAAGAAAGUGGUUACACCACUGUCUCCACCAACCAAUCUUCAUUUGGAAGCAAACCCUGACACUGGAAUCCUAACUGUCUCCUGGGAAAGAAGCACCACCCCAGACAUCUCUAAGUACAGAAUAACUACAACACCUACAAGUGGCCAAGAGGGCUAUUCUCUGGAAGAAGAGGUCGAUGCAGAUCAGAGUUCCUGCACUUUUGAAAACCUGAGUCCUGGUCUGGAGUACAAUGUCAGUGUGUACACGGUCAAAGGUGACCAGGAAAGUGUCCCCAUCUCUGAUACCAUCAUCCCAGAGGUACCCCAACUCACUGACCUAAGCUUUGUUGAUAUAACCGAUUCAAGCAUCGGCCUGAGGUGGACCCCGCUAAACGCCUCCACCAUUAUUGGGUACCGUAUCACAGUAGUUGCGGCAGGAGAAGGUAUCCCUAUUUUUGAAGAUUUUGUGGACUCCUCAGUAGGAUACUACACAGUUACAGGGCUGGAGCCGGGCAUUGACUAUGACAUCAGCGUUAUCACUCUCAUUAAUGGCGGAGAGAGUGCCCCUACCACUCUGACACAGCAAACGGCUGUCCCCCCUCCCACUGACCUGCGAUUCACCAAUGUUGGCCCAGACACCAUGCGUGUUACCUGGGCUCCACCACCAUCUAUUGAAUUGACCAACUUCCUGGUACGAUACUCACCUGUGAAAAAUGAAGAAGAUGUUGCAGAGUUAAGCAUUUCCCCUUCAGACAACAUGGUAGUUCUAACAAAUCUCCUUCCUGGUACUGAGUAUUUGGUCAGUGUUUCCAGUGUUUAUGAACAACAUGAGAGCAUACCUCUUAAAGGAAGACAGAAAACAGGUCUUGAUUCCCCGACUGGCAUUGACUUUUCUGAUAUAACUGCCAAUUCCUUCACUGUCCAUUGGAUGUCUCCACGAGCCCCCAACACUGGCUAUAGGAUUCGGCACCAUCCUGAGCAUGCUGUAGGAAGACCUCGUGAAGACCGGGUUCCCCCAUCAAGGAACUCCAUCACACUUACUAACCUGAAUCCAGGCACAGAAUAUGUGGUCAGCAUUAUAUCUGUCAAUGGCAGAGAAGAAAGCGCUCCUUUGGUUGGCCAACAGUCAACAGUUUCUGAUGUUCCAAGGGACCUUGAAGUUAUUGCUACCACUCCAACUAGCUUGCUUAUUAGUUGGGAUGCACCUGCAGUUACUGUCAGAUAUUAUAGAAUCACCUAUGGUGAAACAGGUGGAAGCAGCCCUGUGCAGGAGUUCACUGUGCCUGGCACAAAAUCUACAGCCACCAUCAGUGGCCUUAAGCCCGGAGUAGAUUAUACCAUCACUGUUUAUGCAGUAACCGGUCGUGGAGACAGUCCAGCCAGCAGCAAACCUGUGACCAUUGCAUACCGAACAGAAAUUGAUAAGCCAUCCCAAAUGCAAGUAACUGAUGUGCAGGACAACAGCAUCAGUGUGAGGUGGUUGCCUUCAAGUUCCCCAGUUACUGGUUACAGAGUGACCACUGCUCCCAAAAAUGGCUCAGGACCAUCUAAAACAAAAACUACAGGCCCAGAUCAAACAGAGAUGACUAUUGAGGGUCUGCAGCCCACGGUGGAGUACGUGGUUAGUGUCUAUGCUCAGAAUCAAAAUGGAGAGAGUCAGCCUCUGGUGCAUACAGCAGUUACUAACAUUGAUCGCCCUAAAGGACUGGCAUUCACUGAUGUGGAUGUCGAUUCCAUCAAAAUUGCUUGGGAAAGCCCACAGGGGCAAGUUUCCAGGUAUAGGGUGACCUACUCAAGCCCUGAGGAUGGAAUCCAUGAGCUAUUUCCCGCCCCUGAUGGUGAAGAAGACUCAGCAGAGCUGCAGGGCCUCAGGCCGGGGUCUGAGUACACAGUCAGUGUUGUUGCCUUGCACGAUGAUAUGGAGAGCCAGCCCCUGAUUGGAACCCAGUCCACAGCUAUUCCUUCACCAACCAACCUGAAGUUCACUCAGGUUACUCCAACCAGCUUGACAGCACAAUGGGUAGCACCCAAUGUUCAACUCACUGGAUACAGAGUUCGAGUGACACCCAAGGAGAAGACAGGACCAAUGAAGGAGAUCAACCUUUCUCCAGACAGCACUUCAGUGGUGGUGUCAGGACUGAUGGUGGCAACUAAAUAUGAAGUCAGUGUCGAUGCUCUUAAGGAUACUCUGACAAGCAGGCCAGCACAAGGAGUAGUUACCACUUUGGAGAAUGUCAGUCCUCCACGUAGGGCCCGUGUGACAGAUGCCACUGAGACUACUAUCACCAUCAACUGGAGAACCAAGACCGAGACCAUCACAGGUUUCCAGGUUGAUGCCAUCCCAUCCAAUGGCCAGAAUCCUAUUCAGAGAACCAUCAGCCCUGAAGUCAGAAGCUAUACCAUCACUGGUUUACAACCAGGCACCGAUUACAAGAUCCACCUCUACACCCUAAAUGACAAUGCCCGGAGCUCACCUGUAAUUAUUGAUGCUUCAACUGCCAUUGAUGCACCAUCCAAUCUGCGGUUCCUCACAACCACCCCUAACUCGCUGCUGGCCUCAUGGCAGCCACCCCGAGCUCGGAUCACUGGCUACAUCAUCAAGUAUGAGAAGCCUGGGUCACCUCCCAGAGAGGUGGUUCCUCGACCUCGUCCUGGGGUCACAGAAGCCACUAUCACUGGUCUGGAACCAGGUACUGAGUAUACCAUAUAUGUCAUUGCCUUGAAGAACAAUCAGAAGAGUGAGCCACUGAUUGGAAGAAAAAAGACAGAUGAGCUUCCCCAACUGGUAACCCUUCCACACCCUAAUGGACCAGAGAUCUUGGAUGUUCCCUCCACAGUUCAAAAGACCCCUUUCAUCACAAAUCCUGGGUAUGAAAAUGGAAAUGGUAUACAGCUUCCAGGCACUACCGGCCAGCAACCUAGUGUUGGGCAGCAAAUGAUCUUUGAGGAACAUGGCUUUAGGCGGACUACACCACCCACAGCAGCAACCCCCAUAAGGCAUAGGCCAGGACAAUACCCACCGAAUGUAGAUGAGGAGAUUCAAAUUGCUAACAUCCCCAGGGGGGAUGCAGAUCAUCUUCCAUACCCUCUUGGGUUCAAUCCAAAUGCCUCUACAGGACAAGAAGCUCUCUCUCAGACAACCAUCUCUUGGACACCAUUCCAGGAAAGCUCUGAAUAUAUUAUUUCAUGCCAUCCCAUUGGCAUUGAUGAAGAACCCUUACAGUUCAGAGUUCCUGGAACUUCAGCUAGUGCCACACUCACUGGCCUUACCAGAGGGGCUACCUACAACAUCAUAGUGGAGGCACUGAAAAAUCAGAGGAGACACAAAGUUCGCGAAGAGAUGGUCACAGUGGGCAACUCUGUUAAUGAAGGAUUGAACCAACCUACAGAUGACACAUGUUUUGAUCCAUUCACUGUCACUCACUAUUCCAUCGGAGAGGAAUGGGAGCGAUUAUCUGACUCUGGCUUUAAACUCUGGUGCCAAUGCUUAGGUUUUGGCAGUGGUCAUUUCAGAUGUGAUUCAUCUAAAUGGUGCCAUGACAAUGGCGUGAACUACAAGAUUGGUGACAAGUGGGAUCGCCAGGGAGAGAAUGGACAGAUGAUGAGCUGCACAUGUCUUGGAAAUGGAAAAGGAGAAUUCAAGUGUGAUCCUCAUGAGGCCACAUGCUAUGAUGAUGGUAAGACAUACCAUGUCGGGGAACAGUGGCAAAAGGAGUACCUUGGGGCCAUCUGCUCUUGCACAUGUUUUGGUGGACAGCAGGGCUGGCGUUGUGACAACUGCCGAAGGCCUGGGGUCGAGACGGCUCCUGAAGGCUCAGCAGGCCACUCCUACACUCAGUUUUCUCAGAGAUAUCAUCAGAGAACAAAUACCAAUGUCAACUGCCCAAUUGAGUGUUUCAUGCCUUUAGAUGUACAGGCAGACACAGAAAACUCAAGAGAUUCACUAGAAAAGUAAUAUUCUACAGCCCUGAUGAGCAAGCAACUUUCCGCUGAGACACCGUCCAAACUGGAGUGAUGCUAGCAAACCCAUCUUUCAAAGUAAACCAUUAAAAAGCCCUCUGCUCUGGAGCAACUUCCCCGGCUUAAGCUCAACUCACAGCUUCUCCAAGCAUCACCCUGGGAGUGUUUUAAGACUUUUCUCAAGAUUGGCAAGCAGGGCAUUGUCAGUUAUGCCCCAAAGUGUUCUGUAUCGCUCAGUAUUUUAAAUGCAUUGAUUUUGACUGAUGAUUUGGUAGAGGUUGAUUAUAGGGAAGCAUCUGGAACCAACCAAAAUGCUGCAAAAGGAAAUGACAUACUGAAAUUUGGAAAUAGAAAAGUCACCAAACACUUCUGCUGUCACUUAACUGUGUGGCCCACAAUCCUGGAGGCCCUACAUCUCCCUGUCACUGUGAUAUUUAAAAUAUGCACAGUCCUAAUUUUGUUUCCUAAAUGAUUCUAGUAAUUUCCUAGCAAUAGCUCUAUCUUAUCUGUUAUUUAUCAAUUUCCCCCAAGGGUUUUUUUUUUAAUAUGGAAAAAGAAAAUUGUAUUGGAGACACUUAGUACGCAGUUGACAAGAGGAAUUUGGUGUAAUAAUGGUUGGUGAUUAUUUUUUUAUACUGUAAGUGCCAAAGCUUUACUACUGUGGAAAGACAACUCUUUUAAUAAAAGAUUUACAAACCAGAA